AUGAAAUCGAUGUCUCCUGAAGGCGAUAGUCCACAAACUAACGAAAUCAAAAAUAAAAGGAGAAUAAAUCGUGCAUGCGACUUAUGCCGCAAACGAAAAAUUCGCUGCGAUGGAAAGCAGCCUGCUUGCAGCAACUGUCUUAACCAUAGUGUCUCUUGUGUAUACACUGCAAGACCCAAAAGAAGAACAGGUCAAAAACAAAUGUACAUAAAGUCUUUGGUUUCUAGACUAGAGCAAAUGGAAUCGACCAUACGAUCGGUUGUGCCAAAUUACUCUCCCCAAAACGAGACUUUUUCAAAUCUAUACGGUGAUGCUGAUGAAGCUGAUAAAAGUUUGAAAGAAGAUUCUUAUUCUGAUGAGUCUACAUCUGGUGAUAUGGCUUCUCUCAAUGAGAAAAUGGGGACGCUAAUAACGACUCCCGUUGGCGGCCAAAAGUAUAUCGGGGCGUCUUCAAACUUGUCCAUUCUUCAACAUGCUACUAGGGUCGCUUCAGGAAUUGCUUCCGAUAAAGCUCUUGAAAACUUGUUGCUUGCAAAAUCCAGUAGUCUUGCCGAUCAACCAGAAGAUAUUUAUGAAGCGAUUCGUGCAGAAUUACCAUCACCUGAAGUAGCUCAAGCUUAUGUUAAUGCAUAUUUCAAAACAUUUAAUAGGGAAUUACCAGUUUUUACUAGAGAAGGAUUUGAAAAGAGAUUCAGCACUCCCGAUUGGUACAAAGACCAAGAUGAUUCUGUGGACAUUACCAAAUAUGCUUUAUAUAUCACUGUUCUCUCUCUUGGUUGUAUCGCCAGUGGUGAAGACGAGUGGUACCUUAAGCGUGCUAAAGCUCUUUAUAUGAAUGUUUUGGACGUGCACCUAAAAGUUACCCAAAAAAUGAGUUUUGAUACGUUAUUAGUAUGUUUUCUUUCUUCAAUAUUUUUUUCUGCGAUUUGUCAACCUAACUCUGCAUGGCUAAGCUUGGGUGUGGUUAUUAGAGUUGCCCAAACUCUAGGCCUUCAUCGUAACAGCUCAAUGUGGUCCAUUAAUAAAGAGGAUGCUGAAGAGAAGGCUCGCCUCUUUUGGCUGAUUUAUUGUAUGGAUCGCGUUUUCUCUUUUACAUCAGGAAAACCGUUGGCAUUUCAGGAUGAAGAUAUCGAUCAAAUUAUACCAUUUUACUCGAUUUACCACUUUUCUUGUGUAGAAACCCAAGAAAACGAUGAAUUCAGAAGAUUUAAUUUUCUCGAGUGUUUUGUUAAAUUGAUGCAAAUUCAUGGACGUAUUCUUCGUCAGUUAUACUCAGUGGCUGGCAUGAAAUCGACCACAAAUGAGUUGAAAGAAAAAAUUAAGACUCUAGAUUUUGAAUUACAUGAAUGGUUGUCAGCAAUUCCGAAAGGUAUCCGCCCAUACGAUCCUUCUUUAUUUAAGUUUCGAGCAUGCCAUUUGAUGGCUUGCGGUUAUUAUUCGGCUCUUAUUCUCGUACAUCGACAUUCCCUAACAAAGAACCUUCAGUUAAGCUGUGCCCAUAGAGGAUUAAAUAAUACUGCGGACUCUCAAGCUCUUUGUAUUGAGAGUGCUCGUGCAGUCACCAACUUAUUUUUAACAUCACUCCACGGACAAGAAUUUUCUCUUAAGGUCCUUAUGAAUCAUGCUUUCACUGCAACUCUUAUUUUGUUCAUAGGGAUUUUGAAGCGUCCCCUGGCUUCUUCUUGCAGACAUGAUAUCAACUGUUUAAUUACCGUUAGACGAUGCUUUUUAGCCUGUGCUAGCAGAUGGGCUCGUCAUUUUGAGCCUAAUAUUCUUUUGAAUGGAUUGGAUAGUAUGAUCUCUACCGCGGAACUUGCCAUCCAGAAGGCUAAUCAGAUGGCUAAGUCUUUGUCGACUCCAUUUGAUGUUCAGACAGGUGCCACCCAAUCAAAAAUACCACUAUUUACUCACAGUGAAUCGGUUCAAACACAACCUUCAUUUACCCCAGCAUCAAGUCAAGCUGAAGGUAAAACAGGAGAUGAUAUAUUUCAUGAAAACAACCCUUUUUUCAAUAAUGAAUAUUUAAAUUCUUUGAAUAUCAGCAUCUCAGAAAUGCAGCAAAACAAGGCCAAUUCGCUCGAGGGAAAUAUUCCUAACGACGAGUUUUCUGGCAACGAUUUAGUUACCGGAGUAACUCCUAUUUUAGACCAAACUAUGUCGAUGUAUCCGUUUAACGAUGAGUUACACUUAAAUUUUGCGGACGCUAAUGUUUACAAUCCGAACAUAUUUGAAGAUAUGGGUAUGGAAUUUUAA